AUGUGAGCUCAGUUCACUGAAGCACUUGCCCUUCUCCUUCGCCUUUAAAUGCACUGCCUCGCCUUGUGGUUUGCCAUCUCCCUGCGCUUGUCUCUGCAUUCAGAGGCGAGGAAAUAGAGCAGAAGAAAUGUCGGGCAGAGGCAGCAGGAUCACUGAUGAGGAGAUCAACGAGCUCGUCUCCAAGCUGCAGUCGCUGCUCCCCGAGUCCCGCCGCAGGAACACAGGCAGAGUAUCUGCGUCGAAGCUGCUGAAGGAGACGUGCAGCUACAUCAAGAGCUUGCACCGCGAGGUGGACGACCUGAGCGACCGGCUCUCCGGCCUAAUGGUGACCAUGGACAGCAACAGCCCUCAGGCUGAGAUCAUCAGGAGCCUCCUCCGAUCCUAGGGAGAGUUGUACUGUCGUUUUCAUGCUUCUUUAGUGCAGUACCAACCGAGAUCUGUGGGUUAGAGAGAUCAAACAAUAAGUGCUAGCUAGUUUACUAGCACCGCCAUGGUGCUUGAUGUUAUUGCAGCUGCAUGCUUGAGUUGUCUCUUUCAUGGCAAUCCAAGCUGGAGAAACUAUCAUGUAUUA